AUGGACACAUCGGAUUAUAAUUUAAUGAAAAUAUUAAUUAAUAUCGGUGAAUUAGCCGGUGAAAUAUCAUUCAACAGCAAGGAUUCUGAAUGUAUUCGAAACAAAUAUGGAUACAUUCAAAGAAUUCAGGUUGUAAGGAAAAAAUUUAAAAAAAAUGAAAAAAAUAGUUCAGAAACUGUAGUGAAAAUUAAUGAUAAUGGAAUUGAUUUCAAGAAACUUUAUCAUUUAAAACAUAUAUUAUCAACAAGUGAAACUGAAGAGGAAUCAGUAUUCAGUGAUAGUGAAUUAAAACAAGGAUUAAUAAGUGAUGUGCGUAGUUUACAAAUGAAAAUCGCAGAUAUUCUAUGGCAAGAGAAUGAAUCUGUCAUCGAAUUUGAAAAUCAAAUAAACAAUUUAAAAUCUAGUUACAAUCCUAAGGAACAUAAAAUUCUUAAUAUUCUUAAAUUUUCUGGUCAAAGAUUUCAACAAUUGAUUUUCAAGCGAAUUCAUGAAGAACUCACUGCAUUUGAAAAUGUAGAUUUAAGAAUAAGACAUGAUUUGUAUUAUUUUUGUAGAAAAUUUACGAUAAUUGGCGAGCUCCUGCAUGAAAUUAUCGAAGACCAUACAAUUCAGAUUAAUGAUGAAUUAAAGGGUGCAUUUAGAAACUUAUCUAAGACACGAACUCUCUUAAUUCAUGACCAUAAACAAAUAGAAACAUAUACAGAAAAUCAUGAAGAAAUAGAAGAACCUUACACUGAAGAAAAUAUGAAGAAAUUAUUGACACGACUAGAAACUUACUACAAAGAUGAAAUCGAGAAAAAAAUAAACAAAGAACUUGAUUGUCAAUUAUUCGAAGAACUAAAGCCUAUACGUUUUAUCAAAACUAUAUCAAAAUGUGAAGUACAAGAAAUAAUUAAUUUUGGUGAAGAUUUGUCCGAAAAACAUGAAUACGUUAUGGAUCAUAUUGUGGCUUUAAUUGGCCAAUAUAUGCGUGAUUUGGAUGAAGCUGAGAAGAAAUCGUUACAGCUAGGUGAUAACAUUAUUUCAUCAAGACCAACAAAUUCGUGUAUUGAGGCUAGUGUUGCAGCAAAAACAGCAAGAUCUUCUGAAUUAUGCCAUGAUAUAUUUUCUUUAAAUCGACACUCAUUAUUAAAAAGUAUUCAAUAUUCCAUAUUACCAGCAAAGCAAGAAUUUCUUUACGUAGAUCAAAUAUUUAAAUAUGAAUGUUGUACAUAUGAAAAGUCAUCUAGAUCCGUUCAAAUGUACUAUCGUUUAGGGUUAUGUUAUUCUAAUUUGUGUAUGUUCAAUAAAGCGAUCAUUUAUUACAAGCAGUGUUUAGGAGGUAUUGUUGAAGAUGGUUUAUCGAGGAUGUUCCUCGUAAUUGACGAUUAUGAUCAAACCUAUGAGUUAUUAAAACCGAUUCAUAAACAUAUUCAAUCGAUAAAAUUAAAAGAUGCAGAUGAUAUGUGUGAAAAGUGUUUUGAAAUUUUGUAUUCCAUAAAAAAAGCGGCUUAUUCUUUAGGACAUGCUUGUGUGUAUUUGGUUACUAAUCAUGCAUUGGAAACUGAACCUGAAAAAUUUAUAAAAUAUUUAAAACAAGGACUGGAUAUUAUAAUGCCAUACAAAAAUUCAAAAAAUGUUAAAUCUAAUGAUUUAAUUGCUCUGCUUUUAGUUAAUUUAGGUGCUAAACAUUUUGAUUUAGGGCAGAAAUAUAAUUUAUGUGAUAAAACAGAGGAAGCAUUAAUUAAUUAUGAUAAAUCAAUAAAUUAUCUUCAACAAAUUGAAGAUGAUUCAAAUUUAGAAUUUACAAACAAACUUAAAAUCUUCGAUUUUUCAAUUGAUUUAGGUUUUAAACAUUAUAACUUAGGACAGAAGUAUAAUUCAUGUGAUGAUAAAUCUAAGGAAGCAUUAGAAAAUUAUAAUAAAUCAAUAAAUUAUCUUCAACAAAUUGAAGACGAUUCAAAUUUAGAAUUUACACAGAAAUUCAAAAUCUACGAGUGUUUAACUUCUUGUUUUAAGACAAAAGGAAUUAUAAAAAAGGAUCCAACAUUUAUACAACAAGCAUUGUCAUAUUGUGAUAAAGUUACUGAAUUAAUAAAUGCACAAAUAGAACAAAAAAGGUCCAAAGAACAAUAUUAA